AUGCAAUCCGUAAUCCAGGACCUUGAUCCAAACAGUGACUCCAGCCCGCCGCUCAACACUCAAAGGCUUCCCAACUAUGAUAAGCCACCAUUCGUUCAGAUUGAACAUUUUCCGGACAUUGAUUAUGCGCAUACAAGGCCCCCCUAUAACUCUCAUGAGCAGAGGGAGUUCUCUGUCUCUGCAGCGCACAGUCGCUACCACUCUGAAUCCAAUAUACCAGAGCGUCAACGCAGUCCGGACCGUGAAGGAAUCCAGGUGUCUUCCCAUGUUAUUGCGCAACGGUCACAACAGGAUUGGACUGAAGAAAUUACGCGUGAGCUCAGACGCAUCUCAGGCUCUAGUGGACAUUCAGGGCAGCGCACCGGUCACAAUCACUCUGGAUCUGUUGCUAAUCCAGUUGAACGGCGGGAAAGUGGUCCCCAGGAGCCUUUCAAUCGUGGCCGCCGCGAAAUGUCACUCCCCUUCACGCCAGCGCCAUAUCGAGCCGGCAUUGAGGAGAAGAAAUCUGAAGUUCGACGGGUGAUUGCUUACUACUUUCACUCGUCUGCCGUUUCCCCCCAGAACGUUCAUCAAGUAGUCAGUGUUAUAACUGGCAGUACAGACGACUAUGGAGCGUUGCUCUCCCAGCUCAAUAUCCUUGGUCCACCUACCAGGUAUGAAGACAUUGGCGAGGUCUAUAACCGUCUACAUUACAUUGUAUUUGGAGAAGAGAGAAACACGAAUCCUCCAAACUCUCUUUCGUACACCCCUGUCAGUGCUCACAACACCAGUCGUAGAUUUAUUAUCGACAAUGACCCGGGAUCUAUUUCUGCACCGAAUACCCCGAGAGCACAACAGCGCAGUCCUACAUCAGUUAGAGAACCUGCUGCGCUUGCUGCCCCAAUUGCCGUGUAUCCACUAAAUCCGCCUACUUCUCGAUCAACUCCUAGUCCUCCCAUCCAGUCACGGAUCGAUGUUGGAGUGGGAAGUUUGCCUGCACGUCCUGUGUCUCAGAAUAUCAGAGAAUCUUCAGCCACUUCAGGAUUGCGUACCGCGCCAAUUCUUUCCCCCACUUCACAAAAUCAACAGUCUACACCUCCCCAUUCUUCGUUGGACCGGAUGCUUUCCCACGCAUCUAACUUGCCGCUCCCGCCUGUUUCUCCGGCGUCUGUACCCUUGGCAGCAUCAUCCUUUUCUGAGGGAACACCACGCCAGUCUGUUGCCCGUCAUGCCACUCCACAGAGUCAAGUCAGUCCUCCACAUUCUUUGGCACCCAAUUCAAGUGCUUCCUUAUCAUCUGCUACUACCUCACUCUCAACUGCAACAUCCACUAAUAAUACUUCGGCAUAUUUUACCGCGCUAUCUGCCAAGGUGUUUCACACAGAGAUGGAAGGUAUAGACGGCCCAAUCGAUUUUACCUAUACCAUAUCAUGCUCGACAGGGCCUCUUGAUAAUCCACCCGUAGCAGCAUUAGAAGAACCGCCUCAAUCUGGCGACCUUCUCUUCAAUCAGUUCCCACAUGCCGCACAGUCACUCAGGCAAGCACAAGUGUGGAUGUACGUCGACGGUGUUUCUCCUAAUGAGCAAGGAGUUUGGGUAAACAUUUCAUCUAACUACGGAUCAUUUGCGGGACAACCAAUCCCACACCCUAGGGUCCCGAGUCGUUGCCUAAGUGUCUAUCCUGGGAAGGAGGGACGACCACGUUGGAUAAAGGAGGAGACAUGGAGUUCUAAUCAGAAGAAAUAUUUGGCAGAAGCGGAUAAGAAGAAACGAUUAGAUAUAGGCCGUGCAUCGCUGACUCCUGCGCCUUCUGCAUCUCCAUCUAGUGUUGCCAGAAGAUCAAGUGACUGA